ACUGAUCACUUGAGUUCAAAGAAAAAUUUUUUCUUAGACAUCAAAAAUUUAAGAUAGUAUCUGUUUAGAUAAAUGUUCAUGUAUGUUAUUGCCAACCCAUUUGAGUAUCUGUCUACUCUAAAAAAAGGCCAUUCGAAACGGAAAUUAAGGUAGCUGGAUUUAAGAAAAUCCUAAUGGGAAUUAGGUAGGCUGGACGUGUUUGUGGUGAAGAGAAGUUCUCUCUGGUCUCUACUGUAAAAACAGACGACAUGACCAUUCGCGUUUCUAUUUUAUUCUUAUAUUUUUAUUUCCUUCUCACAGAAUUUCUCUCCAAUCUUAUCCUUCCUCUCUUUAAACAAAGAUCAGCUGUAACCGAGUGUAUUUGAAUCUUGGAAGAAGAGGAAAUAUUUGUCAGUACCAUUCAAUUGAUCAGAACUAAGGUUCAUGUCUGAACGCGACAUCCAAAUUCCAACUGCCUUUGAUCCAUUGGCCGAGGCAAAUGCUGCAGAUUCAGGUGCUGGAGCCAAGGAAUACGUGCAUAUACGCGUACAGCAGCGAAAUGGUAGGAAAAGCCUGACAACUGUUCAGGGUUUGAAGAAGGAAUUCAGCUAUAAUAUGAUUCUCAAGGACCUUAAGAAAGAGUUUUGCUGCAAUGGCACUGUGGUCCAGGAUCCAGAGUUGGGACAGGUUAUUCAGCUUCAAGGUGAUCAAAGAAAAAAUGUUUCAACUUUCCUUGUUCAGGCACGCAUAGUGAAGAAAGAGCACAUCAAGAUUCAUGGAUUCUAAGCAGAAGCACCUGCAAAAUUGAUCUUAUGUGGUUAUUGCUGCUAUAUUUUGAAUCUUUAUGAUACAUCUGAACUCUUCAACAUCCUUAAUGUGAAGUAACUCUUGCAGUUUGUGUUGUAUGAUUAUUUUUUGGAAUCAUUUUUUUGUCUUUAUACUCAACUAUAUCAGAUGUGUAAGUGUUUGAUUAGUUAUGAAAUCACUCCAAUAUGUAAUGGCUUUACUCAUCCAUUCCGGUCUCUUCCAUGCUUUUGGCUUAUUGUGCUUUAUAUCUCGAAAAACAAAAAAAUCUCAAGAGGGUUCCUAUACCCAAAAUGAAUAAGAGUAUAAUCUUCUUUCA